AAAAGCAAUAAAUUUUUCUUCAAAUUUUUCUUCUUUUCUGUUUUCUAACAAGGGCAAAUGGCAUUUAGAAUUCGAGUCCUCAUCACAUUGUCUGUAUUGUUUGCUUUUCUUACACUAUAUUACGGACCUACAGGGCCUAAUCCAAAACAUCAGCCUCCUCCCCCAUCUCACCAUCUCCUCCUCACGUACGUCAAAACUGAAGAUUAAGGACCAACAGAGCCAAAUCCAAAACACUAGCCACUAAGCCACCUCACCAUCCUCCUAUAAUCAACACCGACGAUUACAGACCUACAGACAACAACUACCAUAUAUAUCCACCAAUUCCGCAAGCUGUCCGCCUCGUCCUCCUCUCUAAUAAGAAUUAAUCUUCAUU